AUGACUUUUAAGCAAUGGAUUGAGCAAGAAGCUCAGACGGCGCGUAAGGAACAGCAAUGCGACCGACUGUUCAGCCCGAUUCCCGAGUUCGACGACACGAAGCCCAACGGUGGCAACCCCGACAUCGAAAAUGUCAAUGCUCAGUAUCAGGGACUUGAGUUCCACUACCUCUACUUAAUUAUCAUGGCCUUCCUGGUCUGGCUUAUCAUCCCGGGUAUUGCUUUCCUGUAUGCAGGUCUUGCACGUCGCAAGUCUGCGCUGUCCCUUCUGUUCCAGUCCCUGGCGGUCAUGGGAGUUGUCUGCUUCCAGUGGCUGUUCUGGGGUUACUCUCUUGCCUACUCGCGUACCGCCAGCCCUUUUAUCGGCAACAUGGAGUACUUCGGCUUGAAGAAUGUCAUGUCUGCUCCCUCACCAGGCUCCCCCUUCCUUCCCGAGAUCGUCUUCUGCUUCUACCAGAUGCUCUUCUGCGCCGUCACCGUACAGCUGGUCAUUGGCGGAUCUUUCGAGCGCGGUCGUAUCAUGCCUUCCAUGAUUUUCGCUUUCUGCUGGGCUACAAUCGUGUACUGCCCUGUUGCUUGCUGGACGUGGAACUCAAACGGUUGGCUUUUCAACCUGCCCAGUCUUGACUUCGCUGGUGGAGGUCCCGUCCACGUUGCCUCAGGGUGGUCCGCUCUUGCUUACGCCUUUGUUCUCGGAAAGCGACUGCCCAAGGGCGACAAGAUCCACAGCCGCGCUCACAACCCUACACUUGUUUUCAUCGGUACCGUCUUCAUUUGGUUCGGAUGGUACGGCUUCAAUGGUGGUUCGGCACUGAAUGGAACUAUGCGUUCUAUGCUGGCUGCCUUCAACACAAACACCGCUGCCUGUUUCGGUGUUCUCGGCUGGGUCGUCGUUGACUACAUCCGUACCAAAGGCCACUUCUCCGUCGUUGGUGCCUGCUCAGGUGCUAUCGCUGGUCUGGUUGGCAUCACACCCGCGGCUGGUUACGUCUCGAUCUGGAUCGCUGCGUUGAUUGGUUUUUUGACCGGUGUUGUCUGCUCUCUUUGCCAUAACCUGGACAGGUGGAUUAAGAUCGACGAAGGCAUGGAUGUCUUCAAGCUCCACGGUAUCGGAGGCAUGGUCGGCUCCUUCUUGACCGGCAUUUUUGCGCAGUCUUGGGUAUAUGAUCUCGAUGGCAUGGGCCCAUACGACGCUCUUGGUGCCAUGGAUGGCAAUGGCAUACAGGUUGGCUACCAGCUUGCUGAGAUUUGCGCCAUUGCAUCCUAUUCUUUUACGGUCUCCUGCAUCCUAUUGUAUGCUCUCAAAUACAUUCCCUUCCUGCACCUUCGUGUCAGCGAGGAGGCUGAAAUGAUGGGUCUUGACCUUGACCAGUUCUUCGAGGAAGAGAUUGGUGACUGGAGCAUGAUGCAUCAGAAGGAGUACAACGCCAACGUGAGCAGCACAAGCAGCCAUGUCAACCAUGAACCCACCAAGCCAAGGGAAGGCAUCUAGAGUCAUGCGGAAGUCCGGAGCGAAUUAGUACAGUCGAGUUAACUGUAGCUAAAGUUGCGGGAGCAAAUCGCAGGAAUGUUUGCGAGGCCACGUACUAUACCUUACGACAUUAUGUUGCCAAAUGGCGACAACCAGGG